AUGGCCGCGGUCAAUUUGGAACGGCCUGCGUCACUAUCGCAGAGGCCUAUCUCGCGGGACGACGCAUCCGAGAUACUCGGCAGCAUUAGCAUGGCUGCCUUUCUCUGCCUCUUGAUUCCACAACUUGCCGCAAACUACAAGUUGAAGAGCGCAGACAGCUUAUCUAUGGCAUUUCUGUUCAUCUGGCUUUUGGGGGAUGUUACCAAUUUACUAGGUGGUUUGGCGAACGGCAUCGCGCCCGCAAGCAUAGCCGUGACAACAUAUCUCUGCUUUUCGGACUCUACACUCAUUUGCCAGUGCCUGUACUACAACUCAAAACGUCGGAUUCAAAACCUCGUACAGCCCGGGACGCCGAGAUCGCAAUCUCCCGAGCGACGACCUCUUCUCGAACCCGCAGACUCUUCUGAAGACGUGAACUCAAUGAGCCACUACCAAAUUGCCUCUCCCAGCUCGAAUCAAGUUGUGGACAAGGAUGAGGAGACCGACAUGAGCACUGUACGCACUCUGCACGACUGGCGGUUUAACGCCGCAUGCCUUAUCAUGGUCGCUAUCCUGGGGAUCUCGGGAUGGUUCGUGCUUCGCCAGUUUGGUUUGCUUGGCGGCGAGAGUCCUCCUGGAGCCGUGAGCGUUACGGAGUUGCCAGGCAUUUCCGAAUCGGUUGGCUCAGCAUUAGGAGUCAUCGGCGCGAUCUGCUAUCUGUGUGCCCGGAUCCCUCAAAUCAUUAAGAACUACAGGGGAAAGUCAUGUGAAGGUCUUGCGCCGCUAUUCCUGCUGCUGUCCAUUACGGGAAACCUGACAUAUGGAAUGAGUGUCAUUGCGUACAAGCAAGACAGAGAGUAUUUGCUUACCAGCCUCCCGUGGCUGAUGGGCUCGCUUGGAACGAUCGUAGAAGACGGCAUUAUCCUAUUCCAGGUCCGGCUUUACGCGCGUGUCCAAGAGCCAGUAGAGUCAAGCAGCUUAUGA